AUGAAGUGGACUCAAUUAACUGUGAUCAUGUCUUUAGUAUUUCAACAAGCUUGUAUAGUCCAAGUAAACAUGACACCUCUACCAAAAGUUUCCUCUCUAGGUUACGAUGCUGAAGAAAAAGUUCGUUUAGAAGAUGACGAAGGAGGAGCAAGUGAAGUAUCAACCAUUAACGUAAUGAUGCGUAAACCUGCUCAUCGCUUUUAUUCAAAUCUGUAUAGCAGUAAACUGUCUCCGAAGCCUAAAAAGAUGAGAAAAAUGAUCAAAAUCGAAAACAAAGAUUUUGUAUAUGACAUCGAAGAAGAAGGCAAAGACAUGGACCAAGCGAUUGUGUUACAAAAACGAGAGUUAAACGGACAUACAGGAGCGAUUGUUCCCUACAAGGGUGGAGGUGCAAUUGUACCACAUAAAGGAGGAGGUGCAGUUGUACCACAUCAAGGCGGUGGUGGCAAUGCAGGAUCGACUGCACGUAAAGGGUUUGGAAAAGGAGCGAAAGUUGUAGCUGGUGUGGGUGGUGCAAUAGCAUUAGGUGGUGUUGUUGCUGGUGCUGUAGGUCUGGCAAAACAUAAAAACAAAAGAUCCCAAGACGGAGAAGAAGUGCAAUUUGUGAAGCGUGACUGAAGAAGAGGAUGCAUAAGAAUAAGGGCUGCAGCACAAAGUUGAGCAAAGCAAGCUGGAAUUGCUCUGGCUCCAGCUGUUGCAAGAGAUGGAAUAAGUGAAGCCAAAGCUGGAAUGAUGCUUGGUAAAGGUGCGGUCGGAGAGGCAGCAGCAGUGUAUGUG